AUGCGUGAUGUAUUUCGGGUGAAUAUUGACAAGGCGGAAGAACAAUGUCGGGCAAACCUUUCUCGACUGUUGCAAACCCCGGGGGGAUCACGUUCACGCACACGAGUGCGUGUCGAGACGAACGCACGAGCUAACCCGCAUGCGCCGCCAGCAUCGAACCCUAGGAAUAUCCCUCCUGGCCCAGCACACGCACCCCGCUGUCCUAAGCUACUGAGAGCACCGACAUCAACCAACACGAGCAGCCAUGCACAGCAUGGGGGUGCGCCACCACACCGUGCAUCGACUGUGGGAACAUCCACGCGCACACAACAGGCGCCGGGUAAUGACUUCCGCCCUCGAGUUAAUCUCGUGGAUGGGGGUGAUCAGAUGCCCGAUCCGACGCCAGCAGAUGUAGGAGAAAGUGAGGUGAUGCAUAUUCAUGAUUUGGUCGACGAGUCCUAUGUAGACAGCGAAGAUGAGUUGAUGGAGGCCGAGCACGGGCCAGCCGAUUGGGAAGAGGAGUCAAGCUCAAAUUGA